GAUGUUUUUUUUGCAGAAACACACAACACCGAAAAAAAGAAAGAAAGAAAGGCACAGUGUCAGGUACAGAGCUCUUAUUACUUUAUGGAAAAAAAGGCAAUUUAAUGAAAAUAUAAUUAGUGAUUAAUCCCCCCUAGUGCCUCACGUCACAUUCAAAGAUGCAAUUUUCCCAAUUUUCUCCCCAGUUUUUAAUCCUUUAAGCCAGUACAUUACAGCUCUAUACCUCGUGUGACCAUAUAAUCACAGAACCAGACAGAUUUUCUGUUCGUUAUUAACAUUUCUAUUCACUAUUUUCCCUUAUCAGAACCACAAAAUUAACAACACCUUUCUAAAUAAAAGCAUCUGAUUGGCUGUAGUGCGGCCAAGCUCAGAAAGGAGAACACGAAAAUGCUCCCAUCCAUGAAAUGCCACCAUAUUUCUUAACUGAAAUAAACCAAGCUUCCAGCAGGUGUCACUGUUUUACAGCUAACAUAUCCUUUUCCUAAAAAGAUGAUGACUAGACGCUUGUUUCGUUUAUUGUCCAAAACGGAAAAACUGAGGUACCAUCGAAUCUCCAAUACUUCUGCUCACGCCUCUUUGGACAUGCUAACAUCAUGUCUGUCUACAAAGAGUUUUCAGGAGAGGAAUAUUCUCCUCAUGGGUCCUCCUGGUGCUGGGAAGACGUCAGUGGGACGGAUUUUGUCCCACAGACUCAGGAAGCCUGUAAUCGAUAUAGACGAUGAUGUUCUGGAAAAGACAUGGGGGAUGACAGUAGCAGAGAAGCUGGCGCAAGUCGGAGGUGAACGUUUUAUCGAUGAAGAGGGUCGAGCUGUAUGCAGCUUCUCAGCCUCUGGAUGUGUGAUCUCGCUUUCGGGCUCGAACCCUCUCCACUCGGACGCCAUGCGGCACCUGAAGCGCUCAGGAAUCGCUCUCUAUUUGGACGUGGACACUGAAGACAUUGUGGAGAGGCUGUGCAGAAUGAAGGUGAACAGAAUUGUAGGUCAGGGUGCUGGCAUUUCCUUGAGGGAGAUCUUAAAGUACCGAAAGCAGUUUUAUGAAAAGUGGUUGGAUGCCAGGGUGUUUUGUGGAAGGGGGGACACUGUAGGAGAAGUAGCGGAGAAAGUUAUCAGGGUUCUACAUAAAUAUCAGGACUCUGAAUCAGAGACCUACAUCUCCACCCGAAGCCAGAGACUUGCGUCAAACAGUGAUGUGAAGUUCUUCAGUGAUGUUGUCGUGGAGGGAUUAGCUCCCGAUGGUGGGCUUUAUGUACCUAAUAAAGGAUUCCCAAAACUGGAACCUUCUGAAUGGAUAAGAUUAGCGGAUAUGUCUUAUCCUGAACGUGCUUUGGUCAUACUUGAGAAGUGCAUACAUCCACUGGAUAUCGCUCCAUCAGAACUUCGCUCGAUGGUUAACCGAGCCUAUGGGCAGAACUUUGCCAGCAAAUCAGUGGCACCUGUUAAGCAUCUUGCUGAGGAUCAGUACAUUCUGGAGCUCUUCCACGGUCCCACUGCUUCUUUUAAAGACCUGGCACUUCAGUUAAUGCCACAGCUCUUUGCUCACUGCCUUCCGCAGAUGUGCAACUACUUGAUCCUUGUGGCCACAUCUGGGGACACAGGAAGUGCAGUUCUUAGUGGGUUCAGGAACCUCAGAGAAAGCGAUAGGCAGCGCAUUGGUGUGUUGGUGUUUUUCCCUGAGCAAGGCGUUAGUGUCAUACAGAAACUGCAGAUGACUGGAUUCAAGGGGGACAACACCAGGUCUGUCAGCAUCUUCUCUGACUUUGACUUCUGCCAGAGGACCAUCAAGAGGAUGUUCGGCGACUCAAGGCUGGCUGGCCACUUUGCAGUGGAGUAUGCCACUGUUCUUAGCACAGCUAACUCCAUCAACUGGGCACGGCUGCUUCCACAGGUGGUCUACCACUCCUCUGCAUACCUGGACCUCAUGAGAGACGGUGUGGUGAAAUUCGGGCAACCCAUUGACGUGUGCAUCCCAACUGGAAACUUUGGAAACACCAUGUCUGCAGUCUAUGCUAAACAACUGGGCGUCCCAAUAAGGAACAUCAUAUGUGCCUCUAAUCAUAACUGUGUAGUCUCUGAUUUUAUCUGUACUGGUCAGUACGAUCUCCGAGGCAGGAAGCUCAUGCUAUCAAAUUCUCCUGCUAUUGACAUUCUAAAGUCUUCAAAUCUCGAACGGUUUUUGCAUUAUGCGUCCCACGGGGACGGUAAGCUCGUCCGCGACUUGUUUGUAAGCCUUGAGAAAGAGCAGUGCUUUACUGUGUCGGAGGAUUUAUUACGGACGAUACGUCAGGACGUGCAAGCAGGGUGGUGCUCAGAGGACGACUGUCUGACUACGAUUCAGGAAGUACACUCCAAAACAGGCUACGUAAUGGACACUCACACUGCUGUGGCCAAAUCCGUGGCUGACCGGCUGCAUGAUAAGACGUGUCCAAUUGUUCUGUGCUCCACUGCGCAUUUUGGGAAGUUUGCUCCAGCUGUUCUUAAAGCUCUACACUGUCCUGACGUCCCACAUGAGCCUCUGGAGCAGCUGGACGCACUGUGUGGUAUCGCAGGCCAAGAGCUAAUGCAUCAAACUCUGUAUGAGAGUGUAAGAGAGAGAGCAAGUCAUUCACAUACAGUAUGCCAGCCUGAGUUCAGUGUGCUGACAGGCGAGGUGGAAUCCAUGAUUCACGACUCAUUUAUGAAAGUUAGGUAGGACAUGGAUGUCAGGGCUGUCAGUACGUAGGCACAAGAAGUGAGGAGCUGCAGCGUCCCCUAGUGGCAGCUGCCAGGGCUGCAGCUUCGCUAAGUCCCGACACAAAAAACCCAAUGACGUCACUCAUUUACAUUCAGUUGUUAACUUAAAGCAUCUGCGCAAGUGCAUUUUUCAGAACAAAUCAUCCUAAACGUAUUCAAAGACAAAAUGACCAUACAUAAAACCACUGAGGUAACACAUGAUCAUGUGUGGGUGGAGUCAAAGAGGAAUGCUGAGUAGACAAAUAAAACCAAUAAAGAAAUGAAACCCAUAAUAAUAUAAAAAAAACCUAUGAGAUCUGCAAUGCAGUUAUCAUGACCUUUAACCCUGUAAACAAAAUCCACCACAGACCAGAUAAAGUCACGUAACAUGCAGUCUUGAUCGUGUGAUGGUGAGUUUUUCCUCAUAAAUUUAAUAAAUGCAUGAAUACUAUGAAAUUAUUCUCAAAUUACAUUUUAAAAUCUAACAGUUUCUCUGCUUUAAAUGGUGCGGAUAUCAUGAUAAACACAAUUUAGCAAAUUUUGCAGAAAUUAAUGCAAAAUCAAUGAAACUGCACAAUAUUCGGAGGAGAUUGCCAUUUUUUUUCACAAUUACUGCAAUUUUCACAGAUCUGGGCUAAGAUGCACCAUAUUUUGGGGCAGUGUUGACUUGGUGGUUAAGGCUUUGGGUUACUGAUCAGAAGGUCAGGGGUUCAAGCCCCAGCACUGCCAAACUGCCACUGUUGGGCCCUUGAACAAAGCAACAAUUUAUUUUAAAGUCCAAAAUGUAUAAUAGUAAAUCAGCACAGAAAUGAAAAGGUAAACAAGUUCAAUUUUACAAUUCUAAAACUCAAACAUAAAAUCAGCUAGUAUAAAAAGGUACCGUAAUACCCACAAUGCCUCAGUAAAAUGUACUGCCACAUCAUUUAUCACAAGAUGAACAUUAUAUCGUCCCGUCACCCAGCUGUAGUGUGGACUCGAGAAAUCCAGCAGCUGGGAAACUCCUUGCUGUCCCACUGUCUAGUAGAGCUGAUGAAGAUCCUCAUAUGAGUGAAGAGAUUGAAGAUGACUCAUUAACACCACUUCAGUAGUUGAACUCAGAUGGUGCCUCCUGAACACGUCUCCUAGAUGGCAGUGUUGCUCUGCGAACAUGUCAACAUCAAAACGCUCUUUUCUCGAAGGGGUAAAAUUCUCAAAUCCUGGCACACGGCUGUGGAGUUUAUCAUGCUUUCUACUUUCUUCUGUGUAUGGAACCAUCUGUACGUAAUGAUGGAGCAUCAAUAUUUAAGGCUUCUGAUUUAUUAUAAUAAUUCAGAUUCAUUAUUUUUUCCUGCGGAGGUUAGAACGUGUUGGACAUUUGGACAAGUGCCACAAUAAAACCUUAAUAAUAGUGCUUUUCUCAGAAACUCAACACCGUACUCACCUUUUGCAUCUUAUUAAUUAAAUCUUUGAGUUAAAUCUGACAUGGUGGUGAUGGGAAAGUAUCAAAAUCAGUUAAAACGGUACCGAGCCUCACAUUUCACACAUCACAUUACAGUGUAAAAGAUAUUUACACCAAAUGUAGUCAAGACAUGUUUGGUGUGUGACUUUUGUUUCUUUAGUUUUGCACUGGAGCUACAAGGCUAAUGUGAUGAACAAGAAAUGGAAGUCUAUAGCCUCCAGUGUAGCAUGGUCCAAACUGCCAGAGUAACUUAAUAAUAAAAGCUAGUUUGAUUUUUUUUUUUUUAUUGGUUUAUUUAUUUAUUUAUUUAUUUUAGAAUGUUCCACCCCGACCAGAGUACUCCAUUUUUAUUUUUGUAAUUGUUACAAAAUAAAACUUCAUUAAAAUAACAUUUGCUGCAUUGAGUAUGUACCAAACCUUCCACCUAAGCAGAAUGAAAUAGCGUGAUCAUCUUAUAUUGUUGACAGAUUGGUCAUUUACAUUCACACAUACCUAUAUGUAAAGGCACAUAAAAAGGGUCUAAACUGAAUAGACACACUGAAGCUUUUAAAAAAUGACUAUAAUUACAUGGAUAUUCCAGGAUUAAUAAUAAUAUAUGCGUAAUAAUAAUAUGUCUCUGAUGUGUGAUAUUAGUGAGGUUGGCUAAUGCUAGUGUUUAUCAGCUGUGGUGCGUUAAAUCACGAGCUCCCCGUUCAACAUUCUGGUUGAAUAAUCAUUAUGAACGUCGAACAAAAUGAUCAAGAUAAUCAUCUUACUCAUUAUCCCGAGCCCUAUGGAUGAGUUCAUUGGCCUUAAUGCUUCAUACAGAAUGAAGUCGAUUAUGAAACUGCACAGAUUCACAAAUGCACUGGGUAAAUAAUCCAGAGCAGGGAAUUACAUUUAAAAAGAUUCUCCCAGUUAAAAGCUGGACGCAGAAAUGAGUUGUAAAACUCUUAGGAGUAAUAUAUUAAGCAUGAAGUAUGAGUUGCAUCACCGUAAAAUUACUCAUAUCACUUUAAUAAAUGUUAUUAUUCAUAUAUUCUCACAAACAUAAUCCAGGA